GGAGAACGGAGCACUUUCAUCCGACUUUGAGCAGAUCUCAUCAGCGCUGCGCAACAAACAACCUUCAUCUGCGGGACCGUCUCUGCGCAAAGCCAACUCCUGCCGCUGUUGGCGGGACGGGGCCACUUCUCCCGCGCCCAGAGGCUCCGCACUCCUCUCAGAACUCGACUCGGAUUCUGGGAGGGGGGCAUCUGUAAUGGGGGCAGCGGCCGAGCUGGGGAGCUUCACCCACGGCUUUCUGGACAGCUUCGGUGGCGCGCAGGCUCCGGUUGGCUCGCAUUUCGUUCUCACCCCCGUGGACCCGGUCACCGGGCUGAUGCUGGGGGGGCAGCAGGAGCACCUGGUGUCCGCGGAGAGGCUGUCCCGGAGCUUGGCGGAGCUCAGCCAUCUGAAGGGGAUCCUGCGGCGGAGGCAGCUGUACUGCAGGACCGGCUUCCACCUGGAGAUCCAUCCGGACGGUACCGUCCAGGGCACCCGGAGGGACCACAGUAGAUUCGGUAUCCUGGAGUUCAUUAGUCUGGCUGUGGGGCUUGUCAGCAUCAGAGGGGUGGACAGCGGCCUUUACCUGGCCAUGAACAACAAGGGCGAGUUGUAUGGCUCGGCAAAGCUGUCAGCAGAAUCUGUCUUCAGGGAGCAGUUUGAGGAAAACUGGUACAACACCUACUCCUCCAACAUCUACCGACACCGAGAGAAAGGCUCCUUUUACUUUGUGGCCCUGAACAAAGACGGGACGUCUCGUGAUGGGACAAGGUCAAGGCGACAUCAGAGGUUCACUCACUUCCUUCCAAGGCCUGUAGAUCCAGACCGAGUUCCAGAGCUGUACAAAGACAUUUUGGGUCAGAGUUGAAACCAAAGAAAAGGGUUCUGGUGGCUCCAAAUAGCAAACAUACAUGCUCCUAAUCUGUUGUUGAUCUGGACAGCAGAGGACCAUGUCAGCACUCCAGAGCUGGAGAGGAGGAGGGAAUCAGACGGUCUGGAAGUUUGAUGGUUGCAGGAAUCUUCUGUGGACGGUCACAUAAAGGAAGCAAAGACUUCAUGUUUUGCCCUGAACUAUGCAAAUGCCUGCUGGCCGUACAUCAUGUGGAUUUCCCUCCAUAUUCAUCAAACUAACAUGCGUGUUGGUCCAUACUCCAUGUGGACCAGGAACCGGAGAAGCCCCCCAGCUGUGGAGGCGUGGCUGCUGAACCAGUGACUCUUCUAUCAGAGGGUCUUCUCUAUACCACAGAGGCUGCUAGGACUCUCUUUCAUUGGCCGAUCCACUGAAGUUGGGAUUUGUUUACAUUAAAAAGGCAGUUUGACGUAUUGGAAAGCAGUGGAAGGACACCAAAAUGGAUCCUGCUCCAAAACUGGACUGUUCUUCAGCCCACAUGGAGGUCAAGAAGAAGAAGGGUCAGAAGAACUUUGGUUCUGUUCAGUGAAGGAUUUAGCUGCUGUCCGGACGGCGAGCGCGGGACAGACGUGGACAUCUCUGCAGAAAGAUCAGAUUCGAAUUUAUCAUGUUGCUUCCUGGGACACACAGUGUAUUUAUUUCAUAAAUUUAUUUAUUUUGAAAGUAUAUUUUUUCAGGUAUGAGAUGAAUAAAAAUGUUUC